ACUAUAUGAUAAGUUAUUAUUUAGUUCAAUGGUUGUUAGUUGUUACUCGUUACUAUGUUUUACCGUGUACUGUGUACAUAGCUUGUAAUAUUAUCUAAAUUUAUUUUUUUUUACGCUAGGUACAUCAUUAUUACCACAGAUCAUAAUAAUAUAAUCUGUGUUAUUACUUACUAGUUACUAUUAUUAUUAAUAUUAUUUACUAUACAACUGCUUCCAUAAUUCAUAAAUCACAAUAUUGACGAAAUAUUCUUUAAUCUUUACUCUAUUGAAAUAUCACAAUAACGACAUUGUUAUAUUAAAUUAUCUGAUAACUAUUAAUCGGUAGUUCUGGUAGCCAGAAUUUGACGCUUUCGGUCUAGUAAUAUUUCGUAAAUAUAAUGACAAUGGAAAACACAGAAAAGUAUAUUCCGGUGUGUGAAUGCGAAGGCGAAGAUUUUAUGGAGAUACCGUUGGAGAGCGAUGGUACUCUUUCAACAGCUACACUGAGCGCAUACUUUCCCGGAGUCACAGGUCUCAAGUUCCGUCUCGAUUCAUAUUCACCGUAUAGAGCACUUAGACUGUACGACGGUAAAUUCCACGCUCCCGAAGGCAGUUGGGCUGGUCACAAGUUCUACUGUGUCCAUCCUAAGGGCGAUAAGAGGAAACUCGAAGAGACUGACUGCAAACCUUCUAAGGGUUACCACAGUAUGAAUUGUACGGAUCUGAUUGUUUUGGGUUUACCUUAUCAACUGUCAGAAACUCAAAUGCGAGAAUAUUUUGUACAAUUCGGAAAACUAGUCAUGGUUCAGAUAAAGCGAGAUGCGUCUGGAAAUUCUAAAGGAUUUGGUUUUAUUCGAUAUGAAGAUUAUAGUUCUCAGGCAAAAGCCCUCGGGCAGCGGCAUUAUGUUAAUAAUCGAUGGGUUGAAGUCAAAAUACCUGCCUCAAAAGAAGGAUAUUAUUCUAAAGUACCGCACAAGAUAUUUGUUGGCCGCCUUACUGAAGAUAUUAGUGAACCUGAUUUAAGUAAAUAUUUCUCUCAGUAUGGCGAGAUCACUGAUGUAUUCAUACCAAAACCAUUUAGAGCUUUUGGUUUUGUUACCUUUAACGAUGCCUCUGUAGCACAAAGCCUCUGUGAUGAAGACCAUAUUGUGAAAGGAGUAUCUCUUCAUAUAUCUGAAGCAAAUCCUAAGUCUGACCAAAACAGGGAUAAACAAGUUAGUAACCAACAACAAUAUAUGAGCAGUGUUCUAACAAAUGGAAUGCUUGCUGCAGCACUUAACCAAGUUGCAUAUCAAACACAACCAAUUCCUUACCAAACCCAUCGUACGUAUGGAAAAGUACAAGACUGGAAACGCCGGGUUUACGACAUGUGAGCGAGAGCGUGUGGUAUUAAUAUGAAUGAUGGAUGUAUCAGCCUAGUCAUCAGUAUUAAAGGUGAGAAUUCCAUGGUCCUUUUAAAUGUUUUCCUUACAUCCAAAUAAUGUUUAACGUAUUACCUAUUUAAAAUAAAAUGGGUAAUUAUUUAUAUCAUUAUUGUCUUUAUAUAAAUAUUUAAAAUAGAGCGGAUGUUAGUGAAUUAAUUUUAAAAUAAGUUUUAAUACAUUUUUAUACAAAAAAUUAGAACAGAUUAAUUAGUUAAAUUGAAUUUUGUUGAUUUUAUUACAUUGAAGUUUUUUUUAAAUUUAUUGAACAAACAAUACUUUAAUAAAAAACACAAAAAUAAAUGAUAUAAAAAUUUAAUAUUUUAAGAUAAAAUUGGGUCUUUAAACGUAACAACCUCGUGGGCUUCUUAUUGUAUUUUAAUUUUAAAGCGAGCUAUGAGUAUUUUAAAAUUGUAAAUUGUUUGUACAUCUUAAAGUACUCAUAACUCGUUUAAAAAUUAAAAUAUAAUAAAAAGCCCUUGAGGUUGUCUAGAUAAUACUCUUACCUUUAGAUUUGAUAAGAGGUAAUUUUACUCUAAUUUUUAAAUGAACGGAGCUACAAUAUUUUGCUGAGCGUAAAUUUUGCUAUAUUAUACAUCUGUAAGACAGAGACAACACACGCGGGUAUCACGUCCUCUUAAAUCUGGACUUGCUUCUGUCUACUGAUAUUCAUUUAACAAUUAGUCAUUGUAAAGAAUAAUUAUAAAUAUAAUUUAACACUAUAUUAUGUAUAUAGUAGUUGGUGAAAAUAUAAAAUGUAAUGUCUGCUUUUUUUAAGUUAUAGAUACGUCUUAUACUUUACAUAUAAUAGGUACUUUGAAAAUCAUUUUUAAUUUUUUGUUAAUUCAAAUUUUCAUUAUUUAUAGUGCAACCAAGUUAUGAACAUUAUCGAUUAACAAUCUAAAACCACUUUUGCCCCAUGUUAAUUGGUGAUCUUCUUGACUUGGUCGCACUAAAUUGUACUUAAUAAAAUUUUUAAUACUUAUUCUAUUU